AUGAUGCUGGCAAACGAGUUGACGCUGGAUGGAACUGAUCCUGAGCGCUUGAAGGCGAUUACCGCCGCCCUGAAGGUCAACACGACGCUGAUUUCCCUCGCGUUUGAGGAGAACGCUCUUGGGCCUGAAGGUUGCACGGCGAUUGCAGAAGCACUCAAGAUGAACACAGCCCUAACGUCCCUACACUUGUACAGUAACAGUCUUGGACCUGCAGGCGGAACGGCGAUUGGGGAGGCACUGAAAGUCAACACCACGCUGACAUCGCUCAACCUGGCCCACAACGACAUUGGACGUGAAGGUGGGACGGCGAUUGGGGAGGCACUGAAAGUCAACACCACGCUGACAUCGCUCAACCUGGCCCACAACGACAUUGGACGUGAAGGCGGAACGGCGAUUGGGGAGGCACUGAAAUUCAACACCACGCUGACAUCGCUCAACAUUGGCAGCAACUCGAUUUCAGGCAGACUUGAAUCAGCCAUCAAUUCGGCUCUGAAGCGAAACAAGCAGCUUGCAGCGCGCACGGAAGAGCUCGUGGCCCUUCUUGAGCAUGGCUCCGUGCCACUCUCAACGGCCAAGGUGUUUGUGUGCGGGCAUUAUGGCAUCGGCAAGACCACCCUCAUCAACACGCUGCAAUCAGCUCCAAAAUUCUUCAACACCAUGGUGCGCCGCCGUCGCAAAACAUAUGACGAGCCAGAUCGCCCAGAUCAGCGCACCCCCGGCAUUGAGAUGUACGACUUUGCACUCACGAGGGGCAAGUCAUCUGGCAGCGUCUCGCUGACGCCAUCGCCAACUGGCGCAGCAGGAGGGAGCGAAGACUCAUCCAGUCACGAGACAACGCUCCCACCAUGCAAGCUGCGGGUGUAUGAUUUCGCUGGGCAGGUGGAGUACCAUGUGGUGCACGAGCUGUUGUUUGCGGACCACAACGCCGUCUUCGUCGUGUGCGUGGACGUGUCCAAGGCCAUGGCCAACGUGGAGGCGUCUGUGCUGUACUGGCUUCGCUUCAUCAAGACGCGCCUGCACCAAGCCGUGCACCGCUCAGCGCAUCCACCGCACGUGUUCAUUGUUGGCACGAAGGCAGACAAACCACACGAGCACAACACGCUGGUGAAGAUGACAGCAGACGCAUUACCACAUGAAUCUGGUAUCUCUUUGCCGCCAAUGCAAUUUCCGAGUGGCGACGCGCUGUUGCAGAGCCGCCAGCUGCAGGAGUGGUUUGGUGACACGAUGCGCAUCCAUCCACACGUGAUACCUCUCAAUUGCCAUGACUUGGGCGGUGCCUGCAUGCAUCACCUGCGCGAUUUGCUUCAUGCCGCGUGGAUGGAUGUCGUGCAGCAGGACAUUCAAGUGCCCAACGUGGUGGAGCUGAUCGCUGAGGGGCUGCAGCUGUGCAGGAAGGAGGGUGAAGGUCCAUGGGCACUGCACCGGCUCUUCCCUUUCGUAUCAGAAAACAUCCCCGGGAUAGAAACCAUUGCGGGCUGGAACGAGGACAUCUUCUUCAAGGCGCUCAGGUGUAUGCUUACCGAGGUCGAGGAGGAAAUUGAGGGCAUCGAGUACGACCAUUUCGUGCUGAGCCACGCCCACCUGUCCUCCUACCGGCCCCAUCCAGCCGGAUAUCCGCUCCAGGACGUGGAGGACGCCGCCGCCGCCGGUGAAACGCUCAUCAUUCGCUCGGUGGACAAUGUAUCCAGCUGUGGCAAGAAGGAGCACGUGCGGGACGAGCUGAAGCACCUCCUUCGUGAAGACCUCUUCCUCGCACCUGUGCAUGAGGAGUAUGGGAACGACGCGUAUGAUGCGUGA